AUGAAUCACUAUAAUAACAGACACUCUGGCUAUCGUAUGGCUUCCAACUCUAAUUACGACAACUCUGCAAACGAGAAUGAUAAUGAGCGGAACUAUUCCCAUCAGUAUUAUGCCGCAGUCGCCGGGACACAAGGCUACGCGCAAGCAGGUUCAUCCCUGCAAUAUGCCCAAGUAAAUCCUGGAGGUGGUCAGUAUGUCGUGACGAGUUCUACUCCAUUGCCGCCUGGGGUCCAGCAACUUUCUUGGAACCAUCAACCGCCUGCAACGUACGGCGCAGGGGGGCAUGGACCUGGAAUAGCCUCUGGAUAUGGCCAUCCUGUCAAUGUUGGAAGCUCUGCAUACGUGAAUGCAUCUGGUGCAGGCUUUGCCGCGAACGGCAUAGCGUACCCGCCGUCAAACGGGUUGCCACUGCUCGCUCCUGGAGGAAUGGCCACAGCUGGGGUCCUUCAGUCACCACAUAUUGUCGGGAGCCACAGCGUAGAAAGUACGAUGGGAACGUUUACGUGCCCACAUUGCGGAAAAUCCUACGAUCGAAAAUCGCGCUGGGAGAGUCAUCUCAACACUCACCUAGAUGUCCGUCUCUACAGAUGCGACGGAUCAUGUGGAACGACAAAUUGCGAUGUCUCGUUUACUUCAGCCGAGGCGCUUGGAGCUCAUAAGAAGAAGGACAGGGAAGUCUGCAAAAAAUGCGGUCAUCUUGUGACAAAGAAGAACAUGUCCCGUCAUCUCAAUACGCACUGUGGUGGAUUAUAUCAGGGCGCCGAAUAG